AGGCGGGUACCAGGCUGGGCGGUUUCCGCACUGGCGGGUAACCACCUCCCGGGAUCAGCCGCUCGGAGCCCUGGCGGCGGGGAGCGCUUUCCUGGACGGACCGAGGCGGCUGCGGCUGCCCCGGCGACCUGGGGCGGGGCCCGUGAUGGCGGCGGAGCGGGGCACCACCGACGUGCGGCCGCAGCACCGCUUCGACCAGGGCAGCUUGGAGCGCUACCUCUGCCGUUACCUGCCCGGUUUCUCCCGGCGGCCCGCCGCGGCUCUUGCCGUCCGGCAGUACAGCUCAGGCCAGUCAAAUCCAACCUUUUAUCUCCAGAAGGAUGGGCAGGCUUAUGUACUCAGGAAGAAGCCUCAUGGUCCCCUUCUACCUAGAGCUCACAAGAUUGAUAGAGAAUAUCAUGUGCAGAAAGCCUUGUUUUCAGCUGGAUUUCCAGUCCCUGAGCCCCUGUUGUACUGCAGUGAUGUUUCUGUCAUUGGAACGGAGUUUUAUGUAAUGCAGCAUGUGCAGGGUCGCAUCUUCCGAGACCUCUCGCUGCCUGAAGUGGGCCCAGCAGAGCGUUCUGCUUUGUAUAUUGCAAUGAUAGAAACCUUGGCCCUGCUGCACUCUUUUGAUUUGCAGUCAUUGGGUCUCCAGGGAUAUGGUAGAGGACCAGGAUACUGCAGAAGACAGGUGUCAACUUGGAAAAGACAGUAUGAUGCAGCUGCUCACACGGAUAUCCCUGCCAUGAACCAGCUGGCUGAGUGGUUAGCAAACAACUUGCCACCUGAUGAUAAUGAAGAAACACUGAUUCAUGGGGAUUUUAGAAUAGAUAACAUCAUCUUCCACCCAACAGAGGCUCGUGUUUUGGCAGUGCUGGACUGGGAGCUUUCAACUGCUGGUCAUCCUUUAUCAGAUUUAGCAUAUGCCACUUCAUUCUACUUUUGGCCUACAUCUGUUAAAGACUUGGGUGAAGGAACUGUCUUUCGUUUUAAAGACACUGUAGAAACUCCUUCAUUUGAAGAACUGAUUUCCAUUUACUGCCACUGCCGGGGUAUUAGCACUACUUUUUCCAACUUGAAUUUUUUUCUUGCUUUAUCAUAUUUCAAAAUGGCAGGAAUAUUCCAGGGUGUAUAUGCUAGAUAUCUCCUUGGAAAUGCUUCUGCAGAGAAUAGUCAUGAAUUUGCUAAGAUGGUGAAGCCUUUGGCAGAAAGAGGGUUAGAGCUCUCAAAAAGAUCAUCUUUCAGUAGCAGAGCACAUCACAAAAGUUCAGGAGAGUUGUUCCAUCAAAGUAGGAAAGGCAAAGAAAUUCUGCUGAAGGUAAAGCAGUUCCUGACACAGCACGUAUAUCCAGCUGAGAAGGAAAUAAUAAAAUACUAUGCUGGACAUGGAAAUGCCGAGGAAAAAUGGAAGAAACCACCAGUGCUUGAGAGACUGAAGGAAAUGGCGAAAGCAGAAGGUCUGUGGAACCUUUUUCUCCCAGAUGUCAGUGGUCUCAGCCAGCUUGACUAUGCACUAAUGGCGGAGGAGACUGGGAAAUGCUUCUUUGCCCCUGAAGUUUUCAACUGUCAGGCACCUGACACUGGGAACAUGGAGGUCCUGCACAUGUAUGGGACUGAAGAGCAAAAGAAAGAGUGGCUUGAGCCUCUCCUUGAAGGGAAGAUUAGUUCUUGUUUCUGCAUGACAGAACCUGAUGUAGCUUCAAGUGAUGCCACCAAUAUGGAAUGCAGCAUUGAGCGAGAUGGAAACAGUUAUGUGAUCAAUGGCAAGAAGUGGUGGAGCAGUGGUGCUGGGAAUCCAAAUUGCAAAGUUGCAAUUGUAAUGGGCAAAACCAAAAAUUCCUCAGCAUCCAGGUACAAACAGCACAGUAUGAUCAUUGUGCCUAUGGACACUCCAGGGCUGAAGCUGAUAAGACCCCUCUCGGUGUUUGGCUACCUGGAUGAGAUCCAUGGAGGACAUUUUGAAAUACACUUUAAUGAUGUGCGAGUACCUCUUUCUAAUAUAAUACUGGGUGAAGGAAGAGGGUUUGAGAUAGCUCAAGGUCGGCUUGGGCCAGGCCGUAUUCAUCACUGCAUGAGGUCAAUUGGUGCAGCUGAAACUGCUUUACAGAUACUGUGCCAGCGUGCAGCAGAGAGAGUGACUUUUGGGAAGAAAUUGUACCGUCACGAAGUUGUUGCCCACUGGAUUGCUGAAUGCCGCCUUAGCAUAGAACAGGCUCGACUACUUACGCUGAAAACAGCUAGCAGUAUAGACACGCUGGGCAACAGACAAGCAAGGAAAGAGGUAGCCAUGACCAAAGUGGUUGUGCCUAGAGCUGUCCUUAAAGUGAUUGACUGUGCAAUCCAAGUCUGUGGUGGAGCUGGAGUUUCCCAGGAUUUUCCUUUGGCUUUUAUGUUUGCUUAUAUACGGACCUUGCGCCUGGCAGAUGGGCCCGACGAAGUUCAUCUCUCAGCAAUUGCAAGGUGGGAACUACUUGAGCAAUUGAAGAAGCUACCUGCAAAAAUUUAAUGUCAGCCUACAGCCAUCUCAUACAGUUGGAGGAUGGAGUGUAUUGUUCAAAGCAAUACUGUUGUUAAAGCUAAAGUGAGAUGAGUACAAAAAUUUGCUUCUGGCUUAAAGCAAGAUGUAUUCUGUUAACCCUUCCUUAUAAUUACUGCAUUUACAAAUCAGGGGCUUGCUGCAACUCUGUAGACUUCCACAUCUGUGAAGUAAGACCACCUUAAACACUCAAAAGUGUCUGGGUUCUUUAUAGCAUUGAAUAAAGUUCAUUUUCUAACAGGC